AUGCAUACAGUUCUCUUGCCAGUUGAUGAUGAUGAUGAUGACAGCAGCAACAACAUAUUCGACGGAACUAUGAAUCCAGAUGAUCAACGAACAAGUUGUCCAGGAUUUCUAGACUCUUCCGGAGUAUGGAACAAUGGUUUCGAGUGUCCACCGCUAGCUGGCCAAAUUCGUAUUUGUUGUGAAUCUGAUUCUCAACGGUACUGUUGUACAUUGGAAAAUUUUCACAAAACUUCGUCAUCGUCUAAUCUCGUCAAUUCUUAUUCAACGAUUGAAACGUCUCUAUUUUUAAGCGAUUCGAAAUCUCCAUCAAUAUUAACGUUACCUAUGCUUUUAAUCUGUAUUCUAAUAUCGAUUAUUGUCUUCUUGCUAAUCUUCCUAAGUCUCUGCUUUUGGUCUCGUUCUCGAAAUCAACAGAAGCGAGAAAAACAUCAAGAAACUCAUUCGACAAAGACCACCUUACUUGUCGAUCAUUUUCCAUUCUCGCCUCCGCAUCAUCAAUUCUUCCUCCAAGAUCACAAUUCGCGUUUGAAUAACAAAUCUCCAUUGUCACUUCAGCAAACGCGAGAUACAUUAACGACGACCACCAUCGCGCCAUCAAGUUCAUCGUCAACCUCAGGACGUGCACCAUCAGAUAUAUAUUUUCACGACUGGAAAGACUUUCUCAUUGCUGCCGAUCAACCAAUGAAUAUGUAUCCGACAAUGUCUUCUCAUAGUAUUGAACUCAAUCCAAACGAUCAGUCAUAUCAUUUCUAUCAUGGCAAACGACAUUCAAACGAUGCUUUUGUAUAG